UGUUACCUCCACCUAACAUGGCGGCGAGGAAAGUGACGACGGGACUAACUGGGUUGGCUGUGGCUACCAACCCACACCAUACACUUGGUGUGCUGUAUGGCAAGAUUAUGCGAUGUUUGCAGAAGAUGCCUCCAGAUGCUGCCUACCGUAAAUAUACAGAGCAGAUAAUUGGCGAACGAAGUAGUCUUGUGAAAACGGAAACUGAUGUGUUGAAGUUAGAAAAGGCCAUCAGUGGUGGCCAGAUUGAAGAAGUGAUCCAGCAAGCAGAAAAUGAACUAACUCUGGCUCGCAAAAUGCUCGAGUGGAAACCGUGGGAGCCCCUCGUCCAGGAGCCAACCCCAGGCCAGUGGAAAUGGCCAAUUUAAACAAGUUGGCUUCGACUUAAACUGUAAAGUGAACCAAUCGUUUUAUGUAGGGUACUGUAUUCCUCUCUUAGAUCUACAGGUGUGUUAAUGAUAAAACCAGGUACUUCUUCAGUAAAGGUCCAUCAUUUACUGACACUGAUGUUCACCAACUGACACAUUUUAUUGUACAUUAUAUAAGAAUCUGAGGUACAGGUUAAUAUUUGGAUGAUAAUAUUAAGUCUUAUGUACUGUUGUCAUCUUUAAGAAUUUUGUUGUUUUAUGAAAAGUUACCCAAUACUGUGUGAGGAACUUAUAGCAUAACUCUUUAACCUUUAUAUAUCCCUGUAUGGGCAAUGUGGUUCAUCUUCUUGUUUAAAUAAGUCCCCUGUAGUUCUGGUUUGUGCAACAUGUUUUGUAAAUAUAAUAAAUCAAUAAAUUAUACAUAUUGUACUAUA